UCUAAUCACAUUUGAUUUUGCAAAGCUCCUGAGUAGAGUAAUACGAAGAGGUUUCUCUUUUUAGCUGCUGUGGAAGGUUUUCAUCUUCCUCGAUAGAAAAUUUGUUUCCGCGGCAGCGUAGAUUUUGAUCUCUUGAGAUUUGAUCAUACACGAUGGCUCGCUCUCUCUCCAACGCGAAGGUUCUCUCUGCUCUCGUCGCCGAAGGAUUCUCUACUGCUAUCAACAGACGUGGAUACGCGGCGGGGUCACAAGGAAUGGUUGCGAGCGUGGCAAGAGGAGGUUCAGGUUCGAGGAUGGGGAAGAAGCCCGGGGAAGAGGGAGUGGGCUCCACCGAGAAGGUCGCAUGGGUCCCUGAUCCUGUGACCGGCUACUACAAACCCGAGAACCGCGUUGACGAGAUCGACGUGGCGGAGCUUCGUGCAGUGCUCUUGAACAACAAGCACUAAAAAGGAGGAGUUUUCAUUGGAGGCCGCUUCAAAAAAAGAACAACAAAAAAGAAAUUAAGGGUGGGAGGCUGACGUGUAAGCCUCAAAUGGGCCUAGAAUUCUCUGGACUUGGCCGGAUGAUUGUUGUACCUCACUAGAAUAUGGGCUAGCUUAGCUAUUAAUGAUGUAACAUUUCGUUCAUUCGUUCCUUGAGGAGUGAGUUAAUGAUAUGAUUAAUUCAAUAAACGACUCCGUUUGUUAUUUCA